UCAGUAACCGUUACUCCCAAUACGAGAACAGGAUGAAGUUGCAACUAUUUUGCUUGCUUUUAUCUACAUUGAGUUCUGUGGAAGCACGAUUAGGUCUAAAAAGGCCGAACACAGCAUUUGAUCAAACACUUUAUGAAGAUGUAUUGGACCGUGAGUUAUGUGAUGAACAAGUGAAUUAUUUGAAAGAUGAUUUUUUUCUCAAUCUACGAUUCAUCGAUUCUGGUAUAAGAUUUCCUCGAUCCAUACUAAUGGGCAACCUAAUAGACCUCGGAAACUAUUAUCAAUGUCUUGGAAUUAACGAAGUUAGAGCAGAUCAUGACAUUCAAGGAAAGUACUGCAUGGUGCGAAUACCGCUGAACCAAGAUUUCGAUAUCGACAUCGAAAUUCCUGGCAUUUCAGAAUACAAUUUCAACGUACUCGUGAACAGGAGAAUCAAAGAGAGUCUGAAGGCACAAGAUAGCCAGAAAUUAAUAGACCUUUUGAGAGGCGACUUCGGAAGGACGGAUGCAGACGAUAUCCUCUCCCAGCUGUCACUCCGGCUGGCCGUGUGUAUCCCGAGGCCGUGCAGCGUGCAGCAAGCGAUGACGUCGGCGCUGUUCAACCUCUCCGCCGUGGGGUUCCAGUUCGAGGAGGACUUCUGUCGACUGCCUGGCGACAAGCCCUGGAGCCCAGCUGAUUACACUGCUAUCGUUUUGUUUUCUGUCAUCGGGCUGAUUACGAUACUAAGUACCUGCUACGACUUGAAUCACACUUUCGUCCUCAAACAAGAUCCAAAACAAGCUAAUAUACUUUACCGAUCUUUUUCUGUUUACACCAAUGCCAAGAGACUAACCACGUUCCCGUCCAAUGCGAGUACAUUGCAAUGUUUAGAUGGAAUAAGGUCCUUAGCGAUGCUGUGGGUUAUCCUCGGACACACGUUUACUAUGGAAAAUUUUAUUAUCAAUCAAUUGGACGUCACUCCGUGGAUUCAGUCGGCUAGGUCUCUGUGGAUUAUGGUAGCUCCAUACACUGUGGAUACGUUCUUGUUUAUUACCGGAAUACUCCUCGUAUACACCACAUGUGGAAAACUCACAGGAGCAAAGCUGAUAAAGAAUCUUCACCUCUACUACCUGAACCGGCUACUCCGUCUAUUCCCAAUUCUGGCCAUAAUUGUUCUUCUCCAAGCAUCUCUGCUGAACUUAGUGUUAGACGGGCCAUAUUGGACUAAUGUCGCUAAUCAGGUCCACAACUGCAGGGAGCACUGGUGGACUACUUUGUUGUUUAUUCAAAAUUAUGCGACGCCUUCAACAAUGUGUGUACCACACGCCUGGUAUGUGGCCAUGGACUUCCAGCUUCACUUCGUGUCUCCUGUGGUCCUAUUCUGGAUUCUCAACAAGAACAAAAGAGUCGCAUGGAUUGUUUUAACUGCCACAUUAACUGUUUUAUUCGCGACGACCACAUUUUAUAACGUUUAUAAAGAAUACCCCGGCAACAGUAUUGUACUUAGUCGUGAAGUAGAGGACUACAUGCCAAACUACUACAUUAACACGUUCACUCGAGCGGCUCCAUAUUUCGUCGGGAUGAUAUUGGGAUAUAUACUUAGCAUGUGGAACGGAAAAAUACUUAAAAUUCACCCUGGACUAGUGGUACUGUUCUGGACCAUCUCGUUCACCAUCUUCGGCCUGAUCUCGUACGCCGUGUACGAGGUGGUUCAGCCUACAUUCGACAACCUCGUGGUGGACGCCAUCAUGGCCACUUACAGCCGCUCGGCCUGGGCCGCGGUUUUGGGGUGGAUGAUUUUUGCCUGCGUCCAUGGUUAUGGAGGUCCGAUUAACUGGUUGCUGAGCCUAAAUAUGUGGAAGCUGCCUUCUCGACUUUCUUAUGCGAUGUAUUUGUUUCAUUAUCCUUUGCAGUUUGUGAUCAACUCCACAGAAAUUGCGCCAGUCUAUUUUACAGUUUCAGCCUUUACGUUCAAAUUUUUGGCAUAUGCGACAUUGACUUUCAUCGUGUCCUUCUUCGCCUGUCUAUUGGUCGACGCUCCCUGCUCCGUGCUGGUCAAAAUGAUGCUGGGUGGAGGGGUAAAGAAAGAAAAGCCUCCAGUAGCAGAUGUAACUGCCAGAGAAGAUUUGCCAUCCGAUGGACUACCUGCAAGAAAUCAUAAAACCCGAAAUAUUGACUAAUGAAUACAACUUCUGAUGAAACUUACAUUUCAUUUAUUUAAAUGAAA